AUGCCUCUGAACAUAGCCAUUGUCGGCGCUGGCCCGAUAGGAUGCACUCUUGCUCAUCUCACUCUCAAAUCUCCUCAACCCAUCUCCGUCACCAUAUUCGAAGGUGAAGCCAACUCUGACGCUCGCAGUCAGGGUGGCAGUCUGGAUCUACACGACGAGAGUGGCUUGCUUGCGAUCAAGAAAGCCGGACUUUAUGAGAAGUUUCUAGAGCAUGCCCGAUUUGACGGAGAAGCCAUUAUUGUUUCCGACAAGCGAAUGAAAAGAUACAUCAACAUGGGCGGAGGUACCAAGGAAAGUAAUCGUGGUCGUCCAGAGAUCGACAGGCCCCAAUUGCGUAAGCUGCUCAUUGACACAUUGCCUGAGACUGUGGUGAAAUGGGGUCAUCGUUUGCAGUCAGUCACGACGCCCUCUGGAUCGUCUCAACCUAAGGAUAUUACUCUCAACUUUGAGCAUACAUCUGUCAGUGGUUUUGAUUUGAUAGUAGGUGCCGACGGCGCCAACUCGAGAAUACGCCUUCUAGUCACAGAUGUUCAGCCUCACUUCUCCGGUGUGACGGCUGUCAGGUUCGGUGUCAGCGACGUCGCCACGAGGGCACCGGAACUGUACUCACUGGUCAACAAAGGCAGUUUGUUCGCAAUCAGUGACCACAAAGCCUUGAUGGCCCAGCAGCUUGGAGAUGGUAGUCUUUCUGUCUAUGCAAUGUUAGUUCCACCAUCUGCCGACUGGCUCAGAACCUCCCCAUACCACACCAAUGACAUGAAGAUGGCCAAACCUGCUCUGCUGGAAGAAUUCAAAGAUUGGGCUCCCGAUCUCAAGGCUAUCAUCGAGAACGCUGAUCAUGGCCUCUGGGCAUCGAACCUGGAUAUGCUGCCUGUCGGUACUGCCUGGGAACAUCGCCCCGGCGUGACCUUGAUUGGUGAUGCAGCUCAUCUCAUGACNCCCCUUGCCGGAGAGGGCGUGAACCUAGGCCUUGCAGACACACUCUCUCUCGCGUCCGCCAUCGAAGCCGCCAACACCUCCUCCACACCCUCAGCCGCACUGCCAUCUGCCGUCAAAAACUACGAACUUGAAAUGUUCGUUCGCGCAAAAAAGUGCCAGGAUCUGAGUUAUAGAAUGAUGAAGUGCAUUCUGAUCAAGCCAAACGCCCCAGAAGCGACAAUUGAGGAAUUCGCCGCUGGCGCUCUCGAAGUCGGAUGUCCCAGCUUCUUGUACCCGAUCGCUAAACUGGCUAUCAACGCUUACUUCUUCUACUUCNNCAGAGCCUGGCAUUGGUUCUGGAAUACGGAGCAGACAUACAACGCUGGCAUGAAGACUUCUUUUAAACAUUGA